AUGUGUUUCAAUAGAAUUGAAAUUGUCAUCAAAGAGUGGCGCAAAGAUCGUCCAAUUGGCGAAAGCUCGGUUCUGCGCGGCGACGACUCGGCACAAUUAAUGUUUACUCGUUGUCGGAAACUGUUGACAAUUGUAACUUUGUGACUUGAUAUUCUCAAGGAGAUUCUCGCUAGGGUGUCCGAAUGCAACGCCGAACAAUCGCAACCGUUCUACAAGCGUCAUUAUAUGGAGAUACUUCAGCAUGUGCUUGCUGUUGCCUGCGACAGCAGUCAAGUUCAUGUUGCCGGACUUACGUACUAUGCCGAGGUUUUGUGUGCGCUUUUCCGAGCGCCGGAAUUCUCGAUUAAGGUGCCUUUGAACGAUGCCAACCCGCAGCAGGCGAAUAUUGAUUUCAUCUACGAGCACAUUGGAAACAUCUUUUCGCAACAUUUCGCGAACUUGACACCGGAUCAAAUACGUGUUAUCAUCAAGGGAUUCUUUUCGUUCAAUACGGAAAUUGCGAGUAUGCGCAAUCAUUUAAGAGACUUCUUGGUGCAAAUUAAGGAGUUUAAUGGAGAGGACACCAGCGAUCUGUUUUUGGAAGAGCGCGAAGCUGAAAUCCAACAGGCGCAAGAGCGUAAGCGUGCCGUACCAGGAAUGAUAAACCCGAACGAGCUGUUGGACGAGGAUGAUAUGCGCUGCUAA